AUGGCCCAGCUGUCUUUGCCCAAAACCCUUACUCCUAAAAUCCUCCUGAGUCUCCUUAAGUCGGAAAAGAACCCUAUUUCAGCUCUCCACCUGUUUGACUCGGCGACUCACCACCCGGGUUACACCCAUUCCGACGCCGUUUUGUACCACAUCCUCCACCGCCUAUCCCUUUCGUCCGAUUCGAAACUCCUCCCUCACGUGUCGCGGAUAGUUGAUUUGAUCCGAACCCAGAAAUGUCCCUGCUCGGAAGACACGGUCCUGGCUGUUAUGAAAGCUUACUCGAAAAAUUCAAUGGUAGAUAAAGCAGUGGAACUCUUCCAGAAAAUGAGGGAAAUUUUCGGGUGUGAACCCGGGGUGAGGUCUUACAAUACUCUUCUGAAUGCAUUUGUGGUUUCGAAUCAGUUGAGUAAGGCCGAGUUGUUCUUUAGGAACUUUGAAACAUUGGGCGUUGCACCAAAUUUAGAAACUUUUAAUAUUUUGAUGAAAAUUGCUUGUAAGAAGCAGCAGUUUGAUAAGUGCCGAGAAUUGAUAAAUUACGCAUGGAGAAGAAAUUUGAGGCCUGAUGUUUAUAGUUAUGGAACUUUGAUUAAUGGAUUAGUGAAAAACGGGGAUUUGAAUGAGGCUAUGGGGGUGUUUGACGAAAUGCUUGAUAGAGGAGUGAGGCCUGACGUGACGUGUUAUAAUAUUUUGAUUGAUGGGUGUUUCAAGAAUGGCAACUUUAAGGGGGCAAAUGGGAUUUGGGAGAGGUUAAUUAAUGAUUCGUGGGUUUAUCCAAAUAUUGUUACUUAUAAUAUUAUGAUUAGUGGAUUGUGCAAGUGCGGGAAGUUUAGUGAGGGCUUGGAAAUUUGGAACAUGAUGAGAAAAAAUGAGCGGAAAAUGGAUUUAUUUACGUACAGCUCUUUGAUUCAUGGGCUGUGUGAGUCAGGGGAUGUAGAUAGGGCUGAGAGGGUUUAUAAGGAGAUGGUUAAGAGCAAGGUGUCACCGGAUGUUGUUGUAUAUAAUGCAUUGCUUAAUGGGUAUUCUAGGAUUGGGAGAAUUGCAGAUUGCUAUGAGUUGUGGGAAUUGAUGGGAAAUCAGGGUUGCAGGAACAUUGUUAGUUUUAAUACUCUGAUAAGAGGGUUGUUUGAGAAUGGUUAUGUGGACGAAGCAAUUUCUAUCUGGGAACUUCUGAAGAGGAGCAGUUGUGUUGCCACUUCAACAACUUAUAGAAUAUUGGUUGAUGGGUUUUCUAAGAACGGGUAUACGAACAAGGCUUUACAUGUAUUAGAGGAGGCAGAGGGGGAAGGAGGUGUUUUAGAUCCUUCUGCAUAUUCAGCUAUGAUUGGUGGGCUGUGUAGAGAAGGAAGAGUAGAAGAAGCAGUUACUCUUCUGGAUUGCAUGACCCAACGUGGGUAUAAGCCAAAUUCUCAUGUUUGCAAUGCUUUAAUCAAUGGUUUUGUCCAAGCUUCUAAAAUUAAGGAUGCAAUUAAGUUCUUUGGUAACAUGGGAAAGAAGAAUUAUACCCCCACCAUUGUUACUUACAACACUCUUAUUGAUGGAUUAUGCAAGGCUGAAAGGUUUGGUGAAGCUUAUGACCUUGUGAAGGAAAUGCUGGGGAAAGGACACAAGCCGGAUGUGAUCACAUAUAGCGUAUUAAUGAAUGGUCUUUGUCAAGGCAAGAAAGUAGAUAUGGCUCUCAACUUAUGGGAUCUAGUGGUUGACAAAGGCGUCAAACCUGAUUUAAGAAUGCAUAACAUUCUGAUUCACGGGCUCUGUUCAAUUGGCAAAACCCUAAAUGCUUUAUUGCUAUAUCUAAAUAUUAGCAGAUGGAGCUGUGUCCCAAAUCUUGUGACGCACAAUACCCUCAUGGAGGGGUUUUAUAAAGCUGGUGACUGUAAAAAUGCUUCAGUAAUUUGGGCUCGCAUUUUAAUUAGUGGGCUGCAGCCAGAUAUUAUUUCCUAUAAUAUUACUCUUAAAGGGCUUUGUUCUUGCAAUAGAGUAUCAGAUGCCAUUUUUUAUCUAAACAAUGCUCUGAGUAAGAAAAUGGUUCCAACUAUAGUUACAUGGAACAUACUUUGUUUCCCACUGUUCAAUUUCAGUUCGAGCAAGAUAAGUUUUGCAGCCAGUGUCCUGUACACACCAAACUAUGAGUUGAGAAAGCAAAUCUACUAA